GAUUUUUUUAAGUUAGGUUGCCUCUGAUAAUAGUUGUUAUACUUUAAGUGGUUCUUUAACGUGGAAAAUAAAAUGUCGGAUGACGUGUUAUUAGUGGGAGCUAUUGACUUUGGAACUACAUAUUCGGGAUGGGCAUAUUCCUACUCCAAAGACUUUGAAAUCGAUCCUGCCAACCCAUAUGUUCAAAAUUGGAAAUGCGGGAAAACUUCAUUUCAAAAGACCGCAACAUGCGUGCUAGUGAAUCCGGACGGUAAAACCGUUGAAGCAUUCGGUUUCGAAGCGGAGGAUAGAUAUAUAGACCUUGUUGCUGAGGGAGAGCAUGAAGAUUAUUACUUUUUCAAGCGUUUCAAAAUGGCGCUGAAUAAGAAGUUAGGCGAGAAACUGGACCGUGAACUGGCACUAGAAGAUGUGAGACAGCGUCAAUUACCGGCACUAGACAUAUUUGCAAUGUCUAUCAAAUACUUACUGGAUGACAUGCUUAAAGUUCUGAAUAGAAAAGAACGUGGCAUCACUUUGAAUAACAUUCUGGUGGUUCUCACAGUACCAGCUCUGUGGACAGACCCUGCGAAACAUUUCAUGAGGGAAGCUGCAAUAAAGGCAGGUUGCGACUCGAAGAAGUUGAUAAUUGCUCUAGAACCGGAAGUAGCCUCAAUUUAUUGCCAGUUUCUUGAUGAAGAUGAAACUGUUGAUGAACAAUUCCUGCAGUUUCCUGUUGGAAUGAGAUAUCUUGUUGUAGAUGCUGGGGGCGGUACUGUUGAUAUAGCAAUUCAUGGAGUAGAAGAAGAUUUUCAUGUGAAGGAAGUGGCGUCUGCUGUCGGAGGCGACUGGGGCAGUACAAUGAUUGACGAUGCAUUUGAACAUUUUCUAAAAGAGCUUUUAGGGGAGGAUAUAUAUAACGAGUUAAAGGGCGAGCACUCUGGGGACUUUCUAACUAUCAUGCGUGAUUUUGAGAAUGAAAAGUUAAUAAACAAUGCUGGCCAUCAGACGAAAAAAGAUUAUCAGAUUGACAUACAGCUACCAAUGUCUGUUGCUAACAUGUUGACUGAAAAAUUGCAGACGACAUUAUUUAAACGUGCAAAAGAAUCAGCAUUUGCGAAAAAUUUAACUGUGUUUAAAAAUAGAUUGGUGAUGACGUCAGAAUUAUUUGAAUCAUUUUAUGAAGAACCUGUGAAGCAGACUAUUUCAUUAAUUGAUCAAACAUUUUCAAAUGGCAAGGUUGGCAAACUGAAAGCAAUUUUAAUGGUUGGCGGGUUUUCUCAGUCAAAAUUUCUUCAAAACGCUGUGAAAGCGGCGUUUCCUAAACAACACGUGGUUGUUCCGAUAGAGUCGUCUGUUUCAAUUGUCAAAGGUGCAGUGGUAUACGGGCACCAUCCAAUGUCUAUUUCUGAACGUAUUCUAAAAUAUACAUACGGUGUUGAAGUGAUGAAGAAGUUUAAACCUGGAGUGCAUCCGGUGAAACGAAUGGUUGAAACGGAAACAGGGAAAUACUGUAAAAACGUUUUUUCUAAACAUGUUGAAAAGGACCAACUCGUGAAAGUUGGUGAGGCUCAAAUUGAUCAAAGGUAUACCCCAUCUGACAGCCAAAAGACGUCUGCACAUUUGAAAUUAUUUGCGUCGUCUGUGAAGAAUCCAAAAUACACAGACGAACUGAGCACGUGCAUAGGUAAAGUGACUAUUGACCUUGACGACCAUGACGGAGACCUGACAAGGGGAUUAUGGGUAUCGUUUAUAUUCAGUGGACCGGAAAUUGUUGUAGAGGUGUUUGAUGAGAAAACAGAAAAAGUGAGGCAAGCUAAGACUGACUUUCUUGGUCCAUCAUUGAUAUGAAAUUUAUUUCUUGUCUGUACUCAAAUAACAUGUAAUACAUGUAAUACUUUACAGGUACAUUAAGAAAGCGUAAUAUCAGGUUGAUAACUGAAUGUGCCUUCUUAAAGACGUCCUAUAAAGGACCAUUUUUUAAUAAACUGUACAGUUUUAAUGAAA